CGAAUAAACAUGCGACGCCAUGCGCAGUGUCUGAUCUUCGCGAACGCUCGUUUUUCUGUUGCAUAGCAGUCUAUAGGGCGUCGUUUUAUGCAGCCAAACAUGCGACUCAAUUCCCGCGCAAAUAUUUAAACAAAGUGACCUUUACCACAGCUUGCUGCGAUGCAAGUGCUGUCUGAUGCAUGCACGAGGGCGUCCUAGCUUGCUAGUGGCACCCAGGCAUUCCCUAGGUAAUCUGUGUUUACAGCAGCCACAAAGCUUGUUAUUUCAGGAUCUAUUUCAUGCACUUUCACUUAAAAGUAACAACUAUAGUAAUGCAUUUCUCCAAAAAAUGCUCCGUGUUUAAAGUGGUGCUCAGUGCCCUUUUCCUUGUUGCGCUGUUGCAGCUUUUAUAUCUGUCUUUCAUCUCAAAAUUGCACGGCAAACAGCAGCGCUACAAGUAUUCUGAGUUGUUUGGCUCCAAAAAGACUUCACAUCAAGCAGAGAAGAACCCCAGGCGAGAACAUCUCAGAUACUCUUUAUCCACAGGUGGCAUCUUCGAUGGUAGCGGCCAGUAUCGAGUGUAUAAGAAUCUAAUCAAAAGUGACUUUUCAACAAGUCAGAAGCCAGGCACAGAUCCCAGAUCACACCACCUGACUUUGGCCACGCACACGACUAUCAAUAACCUUCAUCACUUGAACUCUUUGCUGGAGCGCUGGGAGAAUCCUCUGUCCAUAGCCAUAUUCGCCCAUGGUCAAGAUGUCAAGUUUGCCACCGCCUUCGUCUACGCACUCAGCCUCUUCUGUCCUCAGAUUCAAGCUCUGGUGGACUUCCAUCUGGUCUGCCACUCGGGUGAGAUGGCCAGCUUUCCAGAGCAGGACAGAGAGCAUUUUGCUGGGCUUGAGGAGAAAGGGUGUUCCGGUGUCUUCGCAAAGCUUGAGUCCCACCGGGACAAGUAUAAAAACUAUGCCAUUGGCAGCAAUGUCUCGUACCCCAAUAACCUCCUCCGUAACGUGGCCCGUAGUGGUACAGAUGCUGCCUACAUCCUGGUCAUUGACAUUGAUAUGAUCCCCAGUGCUAAUUUACACCACCAGUUCGUGACCAUGCUGAUGAGACACGAACCAGCUGCGAAUGAAGUCCUCGUGCUUCCUGCUUUUGAAAUCAGACACACUCGCAAAAUGCCCACCUCAAAGUCAGAGCUAGUGCAGCUCUAUCAGGUUGGGGAGGUGCGGCCGUUCUAUGAUGAACUUUGCCGUCGUUGUCAGGCUCCCACUAACUACUCUCAGUGGAUCAAUAUGCCCAGCAAAAACUCUGGGCCACUGGAGCUGGCGUACACUAUAAAUUGGGCAGAUCCAUGGGAGCCCUUCUACAUUGGUGCUCGAUCGGUUCCUCUAUAUGAUGAAAACUUCAGGCAAUAUGGCUUCAACCGCAUCAGUCAGGCCUGUGAGCUUCACAUAGCAGGUUACAGGUUCUGCGUGGUGAGCAAUGCCUUUGUGGUGCACAAAGGGUUUAAGGUCCAGGGAGAUUUCCACAGCAGAAAGGACGAAGAGAACCGUAAAAACCGCCUCCUUUUCCGGAGCUUCAAGGAGAACUUGAAGGCCAAGUAUCCCAACUCUCCUCACCGCUGCUAAGACAAUGGUUGUCGGAAAUGUAAAGUCAAUUACAACUACGCAUUUCAAUCAAACCCUAAUCAGCAUCUUCCAGACUUAGAGAAGCUUGGAUUUAAUAGCUGCACAAAACUGUCUGUGCGUUUCAAAGUACCUCAAAAACAAGAGAUAACGAUGUUGCGGACAUCAUCUUUCAUGCUUUUUAAAUGGAGAACAUAAUGCCAGACUUGGUCAAAUAAAGUUUGAGGUUAUGAGUUUUUUCUUUAUUGAUACCAAAAUGUAUUUUUGUUUUCAGCACACCCACAAACCUUUAAUUAAGGACUCAAAAGGUUUCUGAGAGCAAGAGACAUACUUUGAUAUCUUCAAAGCUAAUUUAUUUAUUUGAAUAUUUGAUGCUAAGUUCACUGAAUAUGAACUAUUUCUUACCUCAGAAAUGUCUACAAUUCUUGUAUACUUUGCAAAUUGUGUAAGCAGGGGCUAGGUGCUGCACCUUUGUCAAAUUAACAGUAAAGUGCAAUGUGUUUUACAUGGUUAAGAUGCACCUAAAGUAUUCCCAAGAUGUUGUGCAGCUUUCUGAUGUUGUGACUGUAUGCCUACACGUGUUUGUGUUACUCAUGAGACAUCUCCUCUCAUAAAGAGCCCGAGAUUAGUUUUAAAGCUAUUAACAUAUUAAGGUCGUUAGGCCACUUUUAUGCUAAUAACGGAUCCAAAGAGGCUGGUAAACCCUUAUGAUAUUACACAAACAGAGAGUUGUGUCUGAAAAUCAUGUUAGUGUUUUAAUUAUUUCUGACUCGUGGAUUAAAGGAAGAUGACAAAAUUAGAUUAAUGCAGGAAUUUACAGGUUGUAGUGACUGUAGUCACCGUACAGUGUGCAAUUUAAUGCAUUUAAAAAGCAAUAUUAUACAUGUCACAUAUUUACAUGAACUUUUAAGAGAUAUAGGUUUUAACACUAAAGGGGCUAGUUUGUAUUGCCCUUUGUUUUGGAAAAUUCAAACAAGACUACAUUUUAAAAAUGAACUUUCCUUUUUAAGUUUUUGCUGACAAAAUUAUCUUAUUGAAUGAGUUUAUCUUUCCAUUCGUUUUUAUUCUAGUUUUUUUAGUAGUUUUAUUUUGCCAAUUAAUUUAGCCUCAAGAGUGUUUUUGGUUAUUUAACAACUGUAUGUUUAUCCUGAUAGUGUUGUGUAAUGAUGUAAGCAUGGAUGUUGUGAUGUUUGAACACUGGAGAAACACUGUUGAUCAAGAAACCUUACAAAGAAAAAUUUAUGAAAUUGUGUUUUAUAAAAUUAUGACC